UGAUGGGCUGCCCAAUUACCCUAUGCCAAUACAAACCACAAUCAUAGCCCAAUACUUAUACAACACCAAUCAAUAACCGUCCAUUUUACAACAAUAACACGUGUCAUCCAUCCGGUCAAAAAGCGAAAUUUCAUUUUUAUUCCUUUUCUUUUCCGACAAGAUAUGAUAUUCUACAAACCCCAAAUUACAAAAAGAUAUCUUUAACAAAUUAUUCUCAUUUUUCCGCAAUCAAAAAACCCUAAUUUGACCUAAGGUUUAAUUAACUAUGGCAGAUGAUACAGUUACUAACGGCGAAGUUUUCGACGAUGCGUCGGUAGAGAUCGCCGUCGACGAAACUGCCGAUGCAUCGGCGAAAACCUCGGUGGCACUGAAGCAGAAAAUCUCGGCGUUAGAGCAAGAGAAAACUCAGCUUCUUCACGAGAAUGACGUCAUCAAGCAAAGAAUCGGUAAGCUGAAGUCGUCAAUCGAGGAAUCGGAGAGCGAGAAGAAGGAACUGCAGGUGAAGACGGACAAGUUUGAAUCGGAGAACAAAGCGUUAGGGUCAGUAGCCGCCAGAGCUCAUGAGCUGGAAGGCGAAGUUUCGAAGCUGCAGCAUGAUUUAAUAACUGCUAUGAAUGAUCUAGAAGGUUCGAAUAAGGAAUUGUCAGGUGUGAAAUCGGCGUUGGAAGGAUUGAAGAGUAUGGAAAACGAGAAGAGUGUGAAGCUUGAUGCGGUUGAGAGUGAGAGAAAUCUGCUGUUAACGAAAUUGGAGAAGUUAGAAGCUUCUGGAAACAAUCAGAAGGAGGAAGUAGAAGGAAAGGAAGAAGAAAUCCGGGGUUUAAAGAAGCAUAUUGAGGAAUUAGAGGGCCUUGUUGUGAAUAACGAGGAAUGGGAGAAGGAGAAAAAGGAGCUUCAUAUGGUAAAGGAGGAAUUAGAGAAGAGAGUUAAGGAUAUGAUUGAGAAAGCCGCGGCGUUGGAGAAGAAAUUGGUUGAGAAAGAAAGGAUUAUUACUGAAAGGCUUGCUGAUAGCAAUAUUAAUGGCAUUCCUAUUGGUGAUGAUAAAGUUGGGUUUUUCGGUGGUGAAGUAAAUUUUCCACUGGUUGCUGGAUCAUCACUUGUUGCAGUUGCUGUUGUUGGUGUUAUUUGGUAUCUUCGAUAUGGAAGAAAAACAGCGUAAACCCUUAGCUUGAUCUUGAAUAAGUUUUAGUCUUUUUGGUUAUGUGCUGAUCAAGAUAUCGAAUUUACAGUUUUGAUAGUUGUUUGGUUAUGUUGGAUUAUUAGUUAACUUUUUGGUCUUAAUCAGAUAAUAGAUUACACUAUUAUGGUUAUUAGCUUAUGGUGCUGAAAUAUGUUUGUUUGCUAAGUUGGAGAUAGUUGACAUACUUGUAUUAGUUCUUGUUUCCACAAGUUCAAUUACAAUGGUUUUGUAGUUUUUUCUUUGUGCUGUAAUUGCUUAAAGAGUUUCUGAAUCUGUAUGUAAUAAUGUGUUUUUGUUGAAAUGAUUGAAUUGCUUAAAC